AUGAAACCUUGGUGGCUGCUGGUACUCAACUUCCUUGCCCAAUAUGUCGUCGUGUAUCUGCUGUGGCAGAAGAUUAACGGAUCUGAGCGGGAUGCAGAUGUGGUCCUGCUCGACCGCUUUGGGGGCGAAGGAACGAGCUUGUGCUUUGAGGUGACGGCAACCGAUGGGCCCUACAACCCUGGACGAUCCGGCUUGAGUUGUUCCUCCGAUGAGGUUGUGCUGCUGACAAACUUCAGCCUGCUGGACUUGGACGGGGAUGGUCAGUGGACUUAUGACGAGGCUGAGCGGCUGGAUGCCCAAUAUGCAAGCGCGACCAGACGACACGUCGACAUGUCUUCGGUGUAUCAAAGGGUCUUCAAAGCCUUCCAAGCUAAUGCUGAUGGCUUGGUCCUACCAUGUGAAAUCAACGAUACGCUUGAAGCGUUCUGGUCCGACGACGGCUUCUGGUAUGAUGCACGGCUUGAAGCCAUCGAUAGUGGCGACCUUGCCCUGGUAUGGUACUUCGAUGACAACGAUACAUCUUACGUCAAGAAAAGUCAGCUGCAAAAGUCCGUGGGCGAUCGGAAAUUCAAGUGCAGUUUGCCGAAGUGCAUUGACACGGAUGCGGGGGCCCUCGACAAGGAAGGGUCCACUUGUGCAGAUUACGAGACGUUCUUUGGCGAAUGUGGCAAUGACCGCUUCGACGAUGCAGACUUCCAUCUGGAGAAGCUCUGCUGUCUGUGCGGGGGCGGCACUACGAGUCUGACGCUGGCUGGAAUUGGCCAUUUGCCGGUCAACGUGUCCAUAGACCAGAUGACACAGCCGGCGCAACCGGGGAAGCCAGAGUCAGGGUAUAGGAGCUGUGUCCAAGAAGCGCAGAGCAGCCGAAGUCAGGCAGCCUGCGUUCGGGAAUUCACUUUCUUCCCCAAGGCUUUGUAUGAGAGAGAGCUCGCGCCAUUCGUUGCCUUUUGCCUCUUGCCGGACCCAGAUCUUUGUGGCAGUGUGGAAGCUGACGGUGACAAGAUGCCGCUGUAUUGGAACAACUCGGUGCCUUUCUCCAAGCCUGUGCUGUUCCAAGAACUGGGCAUCGACCGGCUGAACGACAUCAACACUGUGGAGAUCUGCAGACGGACCGUCACGUCUUUCUGCCCAAAGCUGUUUACGAUCCAAACCAACCAUUUCAAGGAGGAACGGAGCGAUGUUUGCGGAGCCAAAUCGAGUCGAAUCGAAGGCAAGAGGAGGACGGUGGCCUACGAGGCGAGCACGCUGUACAAUGACCCGAAGUUCGGCCUCACCUCCAUGAAGUUUCGCAUGUUCCUGCUGCUGAUUGUGUUCCUUUGGGGCCUUGCGGCGGUGGAAGAGACCCGCCUCAUCCUGAUUUGGUGGAAUGUACUUCUGACACUUCCAACACGACCGAAGGGCGAGCAUUGCGUGACGGGGAAGGUCGAAGAUGAGCACGGUGAGGACGAAUUGGAGGUGUGUGGCAUCCAUCGUCGCAGCCGCAUCAUAAACAUCUUGUUGAACCUGGGACCGCGGUCGGUGCUGCAAUGCUUGAUCUUUUAUGUUGGAAUCAAGUAUCUCCUAUCUGUCCGGAACGUCUCUGACCUGAUCCUGAACAGCCUGGCUCUGACCUUCCUUGUCACGGUGGAUGAGAUGCUCUUUGAGGCCUUCGCUUCCGAGACAGAUGCAGCACUUCUCCGAAGAUGCAAGCCGAUUCACGGCUGGUCCAUUGCCUUCGUGGACCGGAUUCUGAAGCGGACACGCUCGACGGUAGGUCUAUGGAUCUUCGCCCCGAUCCUGAUCGUAAUUUGUUUUUUCGUGAUCGAAGAUUCAGCAGACACCGUGAAAAAGGCACGUGCCACCUUCUGUCUUUGUGACAUCCAGGGAGAGGACUGCAUCGGGCAUCAGCUGAAGCGUAUUCUCCUGAUCCCGAGGAGCCCGAAGAUACCAAAGGUCAAGAGCCCGAAGAUCCGCGACACGAGAGCCAAGGCAAAAGUCAAGAAGGACCACAAGGAGAAGCCGAAGACAAAUGGUAGAAGCAAGGAGAAGAGGGUCCUUGCUCUGAACCGGAAAAUCUUCCUUGCAAUCCGUUGCGUCGUCCCCGGCGAAUCUACUGUUUCCAGCACGGGCAUCUGCGUGGAGGAGAAGGCCAUUCUCCGAGACGUUCUGGACUGCUGGGCAUCUGGAGUCUUUGGCGGCCAGCCGUUGCCGAAGGAGGCUCGCGUGCUGGGCUCCGCCGAGAAGGAAUUGGACAUGAAGAAGCCGCUGGAAGAGCUGCGUCGCCGUCUUCCGGUGCGGCAAGGGCGCUUCACAGUGACCGUGCAGAUGCCAAAGGAGGUUAUGCAGGCCGCCAAAGCAGCUGCAGAGACCUCCCCCAAGGUGAAACCGGUGCCAUCGCCGGCCAUGGGCCCCAAAUCCGAGCCAUCCAACGCGAAGUUGCAGAAAGCCGCAAAGAAGGCCAAAGUGGGAGAUGCAACGAUGAGGGGUUUGCUGGCCAAGAAGGAGGUGCGGGAUGCCUCUGAGCUUCCUCCAGAAGGCGCCGCGGCUGCUCUUUCGGAGCUGGGGCUCUGA